GGUCCUCGGUCAGCUGUCGUGAGCCUCCGAGCACUUUCUGGACUUUGUAGACCGGUAAAUCACAUAUAAACCAGUGGAACGAGUUUACAUCGUCAGUAAACUUCUAGGAGCCUUACGUGCGCGCGGUAUUACGCGUAAACUUGGGUGCGUAAUUAAGCGACUUUUUCAAACUGCGUUCUUUUUCAUUCGUUUUGAACGAAAAAGUCACUUUUUUCCCAGUUUCACGAUGGCAGAGGGGGAUUACUACACUAUGGGCAACCGGCAGAGGAUUCCGAGGGAUCCGUUUCGCGAACAGUCGCUCUCAUCUCGAUUCAUGGACGAUGACUUUGGACUGCCGCCUUUUCACGACGAGUUAUCUAUGGACUGGCCCGGCUGGGCGCGACCUCGACUGAGCGCCCGCCUUGACGCGCCGUGGACGGGCCCCUUGCGCUCGGGCUUCCCGCGGGGCUUCAGCGCCAGAUACGGCGAGGGUCCGCGCAGAGCCAGCGCUCCUCCGUGCAACCCGGACGAGCCGUGGAAAGUGUGCGUGAACGUGCACAGCUUCAGACCCGACGAGCUUAAUGUCAAAACUAAAGACGGUUUUGUAGAGGUGUCAGGGAAGCACGAGGAAAAGCAGGACGAGGGAGGAAUCGUCACCAAAAACUUCACGAAGAAAAUUCAAAUCCCGUCCGACGUGGACCCUCUCACUGUGUUUGCCUCUCUGUCACCGGAAGGGGUCCUCAUCAUUGAAGCCCGGCAGACCCCUCCGUAUUACCUCUACAGCAAUGAAAUGCCCGCAGAACCCAUGGAAGAACCCGAGGCCAGACCUCAGGAACCCAGUAUGGCUUCAGCCGAAGUCUUCGCAGCCAGGGAGUGAAAGCGAGUUUACAUGCCCUUAGUAUUUGUUCCAAGCCAGUGCCAAAGUUUCAGAAAUUUACUUAAUUCAAAAGUCAUUAAUCUGCUAGGGAGUAGUCCAUAAAUCAAACGUGUAUAUGGUACACGGUUGGAUCAAAUGCCAGUAUCUUUCAUUUACUACGUCAGUGAAGAAAAAUGAUGGAAAUAAAGGGAAAGAUACCGAAAUCAGAUGAAACCGCGGUCAUGAACAUACUCUACGCGAGUACAGAAAUGCGAAAGCAUUGUUAAACAUUGCAAUGGCAAAUCUCAGUCCUCAAGGGGGCGAUAAAGCUCCCUUCAAGCAGUUUAAAGGGAUAGUUUACCCAAAAAUAAACUCAUCAUUUAUUAUCUCGUUCCAAACAUUAACGUCUGUAUUGCCUCUAUGGAACACAAAAUAUUUUUGCCCAUAAAAGUGUCGAUAUAAUCCAAUGUUUGAGUUUGACUGUAUGAACAAAAUAGUAGCGACCUUCAAACAUUUUUUAAAUAUCAUCUCGUUGUACAGGUUUGGAACAGCGCAAGAUUUAACUAACGUCUAUCUCACCCUCCAGUUAAGUUCUCUUCAAACUGCUUCACAUUAAUCUGAUCAAAUAGAAGACAACACUGACAAUGCAAUGCAUGCUUGUGUUGCAACGUGAAUUGCUUUGAGACACAAAAUGUUCUCAUAGUUGAGUAUGUUCGGACUCUCUGUCCCUCAUAUAAACCUAAACUUGUCUGGGUUAAAUGGAAGUGCUGUUUUAAUCAUCCGAGUACUCGUCACGUUGGACUAUUUAUAUGGCUGUAAAUGCUGGAGCUCUUUCUCAAAGGCUGUUCAUUGUUUUUCUUUUCUUAUUCGUGUGCGUUUUUUUCUUUUUGUGUAGGAAUGUAUGCUAUGCUUUUUUAUAAUAAACGACCAAUCACGAAA